AUGGCGCCAUUCCAAUUCACUGGUCUAAACCAGGGCAACGGUCCCACGACUGCGUUCAAAACUCCCCCACAGCUCAAAAUGCCGUCAAACGUCGCGCAACCCCCGUCCUUUACUCCCGACCCAACCGCUCUUCUCAGGCAAGAAAUGAGAUCCGGAUUUGCGGGGCUCUAUAAGACAAUGGAUGAGAUGAAGGAAUCUAAUAACAAGAAUGCACGAGAGUUUCAAUCAGAGAUCAAACGCCUUUCCAGCACGAAGAAACCUGCGAUGUCAUCCUUCCAGUUUCAUCGACCCCAGAUAGUUCUCGAACUCAAGACCGAGGAGGAUUUGAAAAGAAUCAGUGAGAAACCCACUCAGGAUAUACUCGACGAUUUGCACAAACGGAAUCAAAUGUAUGAGGGUAUAUCGGGUAUCCGCUUUGCUCCCCAGAACAAAACACUUGCCCUGAACAUGCGCAGUUACGAAGAUUAUGCGGAUCUUGAUAAACGACACUUUAUAACCGACAUAGUGAAGGGCCUCCAGCUGUCUGUCCAGUGUUCGAGAAUGCAGGGGCAGUAUUGUGUGGUUUUGUGUGGCUUCAGGAUCGAUGGCAUCGCCCCAAGGGACUAUGAACAUCACAAAGAGUUAUGGGCAUCACAAACCCACCUUCAAAUCGAAAAAGUGGAGUGGUGGCAGGGAAGGUUGCUGUGGACAUUUAAUUCCAUCAAAGAAGCUGAGAAGGCAUGUAGGAUGUCACUUAAUUUUGGGGGUGCCGGCGCCGAUGGCAGACACAGAACCGAGGACCCCAUUUGCGAAGAUAGAGGAGUAGUAAACCAUCGCCUGGAGUGUGCGAUGAUAGCAGAGAAGGGGCCUGUAUGGGCAAGGGGUCUCAAUUUACCAAUUGAACCGGAAAUACCGCAAUGUCGCCCUACCAAUAGCAGGAGAAGAGCCACCAGAAAGAACAACAAACCCGAAACUAUUCCAAGAUUCCCGGAGGAAAUGUCGGAAGACUUGGAAUUUGUUGGGGCUUCGACAGCUUCAGGCGCGCAGGGCGAAUCAGCUGAGCAGGAUGGCUCAACUGCAACGGCACCGCUGGUGAUUGGGUCUCAAGAAUCAGCAGCGUCUGACUCGGAUGACAGCCUCAGAACUCCGGUUAGACCUGCCGCAUGUCGUACACACAUCUCUUACAUGAUGCCACAAGCAAGUCAAGGUCAAAAGCGACACAGGAAAGCAAAGAACGCUGUAGUAGCGUCCCAGGGUGCUACACGAGAUGCUCCUGCAGUGUUUAGCUCGCCAGCUUCAACUGCUGAUUUUGAACCUCCGACAAGACGACGCAAAGUGCAAGCGUCGUUAUCUAGCGUUAGAAACCAAGCGAAUGCAAACACAGAUACUGACUCAGAUGUCCACCCGAGUGCCAGCUUGAGCCAGAUCCCUGCUGUUGAACGUUCAGCUGCGGUCACUACCUCCAUUCCGACAUCAUCGAGACCUGUCACAGGCGACAGCGCGGAGCUACCCAUCCAUCUAAGUGGAGCUUCGCAGGCUCAGAUGUCUGCACAUGGUAGUGCUCGUCCGGAGAAGUCAGUUACGCUUGAGGACGAUGAGGAUGACGAGGAUGAGGACGACGAGGGCGAGGAUACCUCUAUGGAAGAGGGUGAAGGUGAGGCUGUGGACGAGGGUGAUGAUAGUGAGAGCGAGAGUGAGAGUGCCAGGUGA